AUGGCCGCCCCGGCCCAGCGGGGCCGAUGCCGGGGAGCCGGGCCGCGGGGAGCCGUGCCCCCGCUCCUGGGGCUGCUGCUGCUGCUGCUGGCGGCGGCUGGGCUGGACCCCCUGGCGGACCCGCCCGCCUUGGCCACCCGGCCCGUGGCCCUGGAGGAGGAGAUCGUGUCCGAGAAGGCGGCCGAAGCCAGCCACCGCCAGGACAGCGCCAACCUGCUCAUCUUCAUCCUCCUGCUCACCCUCACCAUCCUCACCAUCUGGCUCUUCAAGCACCGCCGGGCGCGCUUCCUGCACGAGACGGGGCUGGCCAUGAUCUAUGGUGUUCUAGUGGGCGUUGUCCUUCGUUAUGGUAUCCACGUUCCCAGUGAUGUCAACAACGACACCUUAAAGUGCCAAGUGCAGACAAGCCCUGCCACUCUGCUGCUCAACGUCAGUGGAAAGUACUAUGAAUAUACCCUCAAGGGGGAAAUCAGCCCCCAUGAAUUGAAUAAUGUUCAGGAUAAUGAGAUGCUCAGAAAGGUGACAUUUGACCCAGAAGUGUUUUUCAACAUCUUACUUCCUCCAAUUAUAUUUUAUGCAGGAUACAGCUUGAAAAGGAGGCAUUUUUUCCGCAACCUGGGAUCCAUUCUAGCAUAUGCAUUCCUAGGAACAGCAAUCUCUUGUUUCAUGAUAGGAUCCAUCAUGUAUGGCUGUGUUGCUCUGAUGAAAGUGACAGGACAGCUUGGGGGAGAUUUCUACUUUACUGAUUGUCUCUUGUUUGGUGCCAUCGCUUCAGCUACUGACCCAGUGACCGUGCUUGCCAUAUUCCAUGAGCUUCAAGUUGACGUCGAGCUGUACGCCCUUCUCUUUGGUGAAAGUGUCCUCAACGAUGCAGUUGCCAUCGUGUUGUCUUCUUCAAUCGUAGCUUACCAGCCAGCAGGUGACAACAGCCACACUUUUGACGUCACAGCAAUGUUCAAGUCCAUUGGGGUUUUCCUGGGGAUAUUCAGUGGAUCAUUUGCUAUGGGAGCUGCCACUGGAGUUGUCACUGCUUUGAUAUCUAAGUUUACCAAACUCCGUGAGUUCCAGCUGUUGGAAACUGGCUUGUUUUUCUUGAUGUCCUGGAGCACCUUUCUGUUAGCUGAAGCUUGUGGCUUUACAGGUGUUGUAGCAGUGCUGUUUUGUGGCAUCACUCAAGCGCACUACACAUACAACAACUUGUCUCCAGAAUCUCAGCACAGAACUAAGCAGCUAUUUGAGCUUCUCAACUUCUUAGCUGAGAACUUCAUCUUCUCCUACAUGGGUCUUACGCUGUUCACCUUCCAGAAUCAUGUGUUUAAUCCAACAUUUAUAGUGGGAGCUUUUCUGGCAGUGUUCUUGGGGAGAGCUGCAAACAUUUAUCCUCUAUCCUUCCUCCUUAAUUUGGGAAGAAGAAACAAGAUUGGGACGAAUUUACAGCACAUGAUGAUGUUUGCUGGCCUGCGUGGUGCCAUGGCCUUUGCCUUGGCCAUUCGGGACACGGCCACCUAUGCGCGGCAGAUGAUGUUCAGCACUACGCUUCUGAUCGUGUUUUUCACAGUCUGGGUCUUUGGUGGUGGCACCACUGCAAUGCUCUCGUGCUUGCAUAUUAGGGUUGGCGUAGAUGCAGAUCAGGAGAACUUGGGUGUGCCAGAAAAUGAAAGGAGAAGUACAAAAGCAGAGAGUGCCUGGCUGUUCAGGUUAUGGUACAACUUUGAUCAUAACUACUUGAAACCUCUCCUGACCCAUAGUGGCCCUCCUCUUACAACGACACUCCCAAGCUGCUGUGGGCCUAUUGCUCGGUGCUUGACAAGCCCUCAAGCUUAUGAGAAUCAAGAGCAGCUGAAGGAUGAUGAUUCAGAUCUUAUUUUGAAUGAUGGAGACAUCAGUUUGACAUACGGGGAUUCCACCGUGAAUACAGAUUCCCUGACAUCUGGUACAUCUAGAAGAGCAGCAGGAAAUGGCUCCGAGGAUGCCCUGGACCAGGAGCUUGGUUUUGGGGACCAUGAACUUGUCAUACGGGGUACACGCUUAGUUCUGCCGAUGGAUGACUCAGAGCCUCCUUCAAAUGUAGUAGAUAAUGCAAGACAUGGCCCAGCGUAAGAUUGUUGCUGGAUUUGACUCGCAGUCAAAAAAAAUUCCAUGUAUGAUCAUGAAGACAAAUGUACUACCUAUGACAAAAACCUACUGCAUGUCUCAGAAUGUCUAAGCUGUAUAAAUAUUAUUUAUUUAUAUGGUGUUAGGAGAAUAUAACUAUCCGUAUGAGACAACUUGUGAAGAGCAAGGUGUUAAUUCCUUCAGUUAAAAAACAAAACAAACACCUCAUGGACAGCACGGUGUAGGGUGGAACUGUUUUAGAACAAAAUUCUGUUGUGUGGAGAAGAA